AUCCGGGCUCUGGCGGUUGCGGCAGUUGCGGUGGUUUGUGUUUGUCUGGCGGCUCUGGCGGCUCUGGCUUGCUGCGCUGGCACCGCUGGCACCCACGACCAGCCGAUUCAAACGUUCAAUUAUCAACGCAAAAACUUGUCGCACCGCACAGGAGUUAUGCAGCCAAUUUCGGCUGGUAACCAGAAGUGGUCGUCGGCAGUGUUUGGCUGAAAAGGGAAAGCGAAACUUCUAUUCCCUCAACGUCACUGGGCGCAGGGACGAGGCAGUGUCACUAUGUCCGACACCGGUCAGUACAGAUGCGAGCUUUGUGAAUACAGCUGUCGCAGCUCCGAGGCUCGGGCAAAUCACCUCAACUCCAAGAGGCACUUCGUGGAGUUCCUCAAGUACUACCUCUGGCAGCACGAGGAGAAGCUGGUACGCAACAAGCGCAAUGUCACCAUCUCCUGCCUGGGGAUCGAGGACUCGGUGCCGAGCAUCUGCUUCCAGGCGCAGCAGGGCCGCAGCGUGGAGCUCACGCUUCGGGUGGAGGUCUCCAGCGAAUCGCCGUUCGACGUAACGCUCCAGGCCUGCACCCUCCUCCACCCGAUACCCAUCUUCAGCCUCGACGACCCGGGGGGCGUGAGCACGGCCGACCGAGAGGUGACAAUCCCUGCCGGGUCGUGCUACUGCAUCACCCUGCGCUGCCAGUCGCCAGAGCCGGGCAAGUUCCGGGUGCCCCUGGCCUUCAAGUUUCAGGAGGGCGGUGCCGAGGGGCGGCUCUUCACCAUCGUACGCUACCUGGAGGUGACCUGCUACGAGGAUGGUGGGGACGACCUGGAGCCCCUGGAGCCCUACUACUUCGUGCCACCCCUGCCCAUGCUGGAGGACGCCGAUCGCAUCAUCAGGGCCGACAAGGUCACAAACGCCACCCCUCAAGAACUGGAGCGAAACCUGCCUCUCCAGCAUUACGAGCUUCCGAAGGAGCUGGUGCUGCUCCAGCAACACAACAUGAAGCAUUGGGACGAGAUGGAAGAAGACCAUGCAAAGCUUCUAAUAUUCAUCCAGAAGCACCUGGACGACCCCUUGUCAGAGUCCACAUACUGGGGCUACUUCUCCACAUUGCUCUUCCUGGAGGAGAUACAGAUGUUCACGGACAUUCGCAAGUACGACAUGAAGGCCGUCCCCCUCAGGCCCUGCCCCACUCAAACGGACUGGUUUGUUCUGGAGGUCCCGGGACUAGUGGAGGGGCGUCCAGCACUGCUCAAGGGAGACAGACUUUACGCUCGUCUGUCUACAUGCGACAUGCUGGAGGUCCUGGAGUAUGAAGGGAUUGUGCGGGAAACGAAAACCGGAGCUGUCUGGGCCAGUUUCAGCAAGCGGUUUCUGAAGGAAUACGUCAAGGGCAUGAAAUUCGACGUGCGUUUCACUUACAACCGGCUGCCUCUCCGGCUCAUGCACCGAGCAAUCGCCAUGUGCGAGAAGUGCGAGCUGUGGAACUUCGUUCUGCCUAAGUUUGACCUGCCAUCAGAACCAGCUGUCAAACUUGGCAGGCUCACGUGCUUCAACAAGAAUGUGCAGGGCAAUUCGGAACAGUUCACUGCGGUGAAGAACAUUCUGUUGGGAGUGCACCGGCCCUACCCAUACCUCCUCUUUGGGCCACCGGGAACUGGGAAGACUGUCACUCUGGUGGAGGCGUUGAAACAGAUCUGCCACAUUAUCCCAUCCAGCCACAUCCUGGUUUUGGCCCCUUCGAACAGUGCCAGCGAUCUGCUUGCCGAAAGGCUCUUGGAACACCUCAUGCCGUCGCAGAUCUUCCGCAUGUAUGCUGCCUCUGUGAACCCCAACAAGGUGUCGAAGAAGCUCCUUAAAUGCUGCAAUUACAAGCCAAAUGACAGAACCUUCUUCUUUCCUGCCUGCGAAAAACUGCAGAAGUACAAGGUCAUUGUGUCGACACUGGCCACUUCCGGCAAGUUGGUGUCUGCCAAGCUGCCACUGAACCACUUCACGCACGUGUUUGUAGACGAGGCGGGUCACUCGCUGGAGCCCGAGUGUCUGAUCCCCGUGGUGGGGCUCAUGUCCCCCUGGGAACCCAGCCAGAGGGGCUCGGGCGGACACCUGGUCCUCGCGGGGGACCCCCUCCAGCUGGGGCCCGUCAUCCGGAGCAAGCUGGCACGCUCCUACGGCUUCGGUGUGUCUCUCCUGGAACGCCUGAUGGAACUGCCUCCAUACCAGAGGCUGGAGAAUGGCCACUACAACCCGCAGAUGCUCACCAAGCUGCUCAAGAACUUCAGGAGCCACGCUGACAUCUUGGAGAUACCCAACCACAUGUUCUAUGAGCAAGAGCUUCAGGUGUAUGCGGAUGAUCGCAUUGCCAGCUGCAUGCUUCAGUGGGAGGGCCUCCCCCGCAAGGGGGUCCCGCUGCUGUUCCACGGCGUCUGCGGGAGGGACCUGAGGGAAUCGUCCAACCCGUCCUACUACAACCCGGAGGAGGCCAAAGUGGUGAUCGACUAUGCCACCACCCUGCUCCAGGGCAAGAGCGGCUUGGGCGUGCACAUCAGGGAAGAGGACGUCGGCAUAAUAUCGCCUUACCGAAAGCAGGUUCUGAAGAUUCGGACCCUGUUGGAGAAGCGUGGCCACGGUGGAAUUACUGUGGGUUCGACAGAAGAGUUCCAGGGCCAGGAGAGGCUAGUGAUCAUCAUCAGCACCGUCAGGAGCAACCCCAACCUCCUGGGAAACGACUUCCGGCACGAAGUGGGCUUCCUGAGGAACCGGAAGAGGUUCAAUGUGGCUGUGACUCGAGCAAAAUCGCUGCUCAUUGUUGUUGGAAACCCUCACACUCUGAGCAAGGAUCCUUGCUGGAGGAGGCUACUCCAAUUCUGCGUAAAAAAGAGAGCCUACAAGGGCGUGCACUUCGGCGAAAGGGCGGACCAAAUCGAAGACCUCGAGCAGCGUUUUGCAAUGGCUGGCAUCGUGGACGAAAUCUCUCCAGAGGAUGAGCUUGUCUUUGAAGGCCGCAUUCCCAUCACCCAGAAGACUCUGCAGGAGGAGCCUCGGUGGAGGGAAGAACUGUGAAAGCGGUCUUCGGAUAUAUCUCUUCGCAUCGCUCACUGCCAUUUGAUCAGUUGCCGAGUGGCACGCUCGCUUUGACGACGUAUUUAGCGGGGCUGCCUUUGCAUUUGGUACAUUGUGGUUCUUUUAUUAGCCGUAGAGAGGAUUAUUUUGGUCGACACUGACCAUCGACAAUUUGAAUGGCAUGCCCUAUGUGUAAUAUCACGGUACGUUAGUGAUAAAAUGAGAAGUACUAUCUUCUUUUAAAUCGAAGCUGUUUAGUUUUUAUGCGAGCAUUUGUUAACAAUGUUCUAUAUUGUACCGUUGCCACACCGGGGUUUGCAGGGUAACAAAAUAUAUUGAGGUGUUGAUAAAGCGAUUUCUUUCACAUAUAAGUGAACAAAUUUUGAUACAUACAAGUACUAUAUCUGUUUCAUGUAAAUCACCUACAAAUGUGACAUUAUUAGAAGACUUUUAAUGUAUGCACCAAAGAGAGUAGUAAAUGAAUGAAUAUAAAUUUUA